AUGACUGUGUUUCUCGAUGUCGCCCAGGCCAAAUCCGACGCCGAUGUUGACGACGAGCACGACGUGCCUGAUUCUGCAUCCGUGGCCAGUGGGUCAGCCGCGACUACUACUGCCGACACCGCUCGUGGCAUUGUUGGCAAGUCUGGGGCUACCAGGGCAUCCAAGAACCCCACCUACUGGAUCAAGAAGCUCACUUUCGAGAACGCGCUGGGCGGCACCACGGACAGGCGAGAUAUGCACCAUGCUGCGGAGUGCGCUAAUAGGUACGAGUUGAAGUUCAAGGAUGAUACGACGACCGACGCGUUGAGGAGGCACAUGAAGCGAGUGACGAUCUUCAAUAAGCUCAGCCCGAAGGAGGUGCCACAGACGAGCUGGCCAACAAUUCGGGAUGCAUUUUCGGACCUCAUCUUGGUCGACGUCAGUCCUCCUGGAAAGGUUUUCCUGGCUCUCGUGGAGAAGAGGGCCGUCGAGCUUUCUCAAGCGGCGACUUCGAGCAUGUGCAUCCGUGAGUCUGACAUGAAGGAUCUCGUGUCUUGCGCUACCCCUUGGCCACUCAAGGGCGAUCAGCAUGCGCACAGUGAGGCAUCUGGCCUGGCUAUUUUCGACGUCCUGCAUCCGAAGGUCCACCCGAUGGCGCCAAUCCUUCCUGGAAGCCUGCAGGCUGGGUUUCUGAAGGAGUAUAUCAUCAAAAAGUUCUUGUGUCACAUCAUCACGACUACGACGGAGGCAAACGUCAACAGCACCAUGGCUGCCUUCGCGAAGUUGAUGGAGUUCUUGGACUUGCCAGAUGAUGCGGAGAUCUCCAACGAGGCCAUGGGAGUUUGCGAUUCGAUCUACGUUUCGGUUCGAGGAUUCGGUGCCAUCGUGAACAUCCAGGUUGGUGUCGAUACGAAGUUCGAGUACGUGAAGGACGCGAUGGCGUUGCACAAGGCCGCUGAGAAGACAGUUGUACAAUCGGUGCUGCACGAUGUUGGGACCACUCUGAACAGGAACCCGUUCCUGAGCGAGAAGAUGGACAUGCUGGCAAAGAACUUCGAUGAGUACAUGUCUCGCGGGCCUCAGCUGCAAAUGCGCAUGAAGGCGCUCUCCGACCUGAGCGAGCAGACCACCUGCGACGCGAUCAUCACGUGUGUGAAUGGAGCGCUCGGCUGGAACAACCAGUACUCGGCGGUGCUUCCCGAGUUCGUGUGCGGUGGCUUGGACGAGCUGAUCCACCGAAAGACGAAGCUUCUCUACGACCUGCUCGUCAGGACAUCGAAGGGUGCCAAGGACGACGGCGAUUUCUCCGAUUUCCUUACCUCGGCGCAGACGCUCUACCAGAACUGCUGGAGGACGUACCCCGAGACGCCAGAGUACGACGCGUACAUCGAUGAUGGCUGGUUGGAUCUCACGGCUGCAGUUUCGGAGAAGGUCCGCAAAAUCAGCGAGGACGUCAUGCAGUCGUUGCCGUUGCUGGAUGAAUUGGCUGCCAUCCUGCGUCAGAAGGCGGGAUUGCUUGAUGGUGGCGAGUUCGAUGGGACGGAUCACAUGAUUGAGACGGUGACCACAAUAUUCCAUGAGUUUGGGAAGCGCUCGUUGAUCGACGCAUACCGCAUGCUCGGGCUCUGCGAGCGCGCCGCUGAGGUCACUCGCGCGAUCUCGACAGUCAAGGGUGGUGGCGACAGAGCUCAGGUGCUGGCGAAGCUUUCAUCAUCUCUCACGUUCACCGUCGACCUGAUGAAGCAGGUGAGGCCCAACCCCGACAACGAGUCGCACCUCGUGGCAUCCGAAGCCCUGGAGUUGAACACAGCCCUCCGCUUGUCUCGUAACGCCAGGGGCCUGCAGGGGUCGCUGAAGGCGUUGGCAUCGAUCAGUGCGGAGUCGGCCGAGUGGUGUGAUAAGUUCGCGGGGCUUGCAUGCCGCGUGUUGGUUGACGCGGGGAGCUCGUACUUCUCUGCGCUCAAAGAUAGCGCGGCGACGUUGAUCGCCAACCUUGGGUCCUGUGCCGCAGCAAAGAUGGACGAAACAGAGUCGUGGAUUCAGAGUUUGCCACCCCAGGCUGACGGAUGGAACGCUUUCGUGACCUCGUGCCAGAAGUCCUUGAUGAAGUGCGACGUCGCAGAGACCACGAGGUUGCUUCGGGCGGCCGAGAUCGAGCUGGAGAAGCACGCCGAGGGCGUCAACGUCUUCGGCAGUGACUCCGAGGACCCGAAGUGGAACGCGAUGGCGAGUUCGAUCGAGGCGGCUCGCAUCACUCUAUCCGCCCAGAGACUCAUGGAGGCCUACUUGUCGCAGGAGACGGACAAGCCCGCACUGCGUUCCAUCACGAAGAAUGAGAUCAACGCCCACGCCAAGUGGGGCAUCGAGAAGAACAGCUUGCCAGAGAUGCUGGUGAAGAGGAUGCAGGCUGCAAUGAAGUUGCAGACCAUGGGCUGA